AUGCGCAGCGGCAGGGAUAGUUCACCGGAAUUUCAGGAGGAUCAAGUUAUGGUUCGUAUAGCUGGCGUUGACGUACCCGACCGCAAGCGGGCUCACAUUGCCCUCCGCAGCAUUUAUGGGGUUGGUCCCGUAAUUGCCACGGAAAUACUGGAGAAGGCCGGGAUUGAUUCGGAAAUGUCCCCAAGAAUGAAUGAACUGGACGAAAGUCAGGUGGACCGGAUUCGCGAGAUCGUAGACCGCGAAUAUCUCACCGAGGGUGACCUCCGCCGUGAAGUCAACCAGAACAUCCGCCGCUUGAUUGAAAUUGGUUCGUACCGCGGCCUGCGGCACCGGAGAGGCUUGCCGGUUAAUGGGCAGCGAACACGGACUAACGCUCGUUCCCGCAAGGGCCCGAGACGGACCGUUGCCGGACGCGGCCGCCGCACCGGUGGGAAGAAGUAA